GAGAGGGAGAGAGAGGGAGAGAGAGAGGGUGAGAGAGACAGAGAGAGAGACGUUACCUGUUUGACCAGGAGAGGACUAUAUUCUAUCAUUCUUGUGUCGAUCCGAUACCAAUCCUUGUCUUGGUAUCGGUGGUACCUCUACCACUACUAGAUAGCAGCGUGCUAGCUGUAAGCACAUCGUAUUAUAAUGCAGCUAGCGGCGAGUAAGUCAGUGUUAUUGUUUAUCUAUUAUGUACAUAUGUAUGUCGUAUAAAAGACAUAUUUAAUUAUCAAUGUCAGGAUAAAAUAGUCUUAGUGCGCGAGAUGCUUCUCCGGCUAGCAUCAUAGCUUGUUAGCUGCUAACAGGGUGAGGGUUAUAUAGGGUGUGAGUGUGAAGUGUUGUGAUUGUGUGGAGAUGUAUAACGUACACAUGCUGAGAGUGUUGGUGAAUCAGCGACUAACUGCGGCUGUAGAAGAAAUAUUUGUUGUGUUGGAAAGAACGGUAGCAGAGUACGAGGAGGAAUUGUCUCGAAUAAAAGAGGAGAACAAGCGACAACGUCAACUACUGCACGUCCUUUUUAAGCCUCGACUGGAGUCACACAUAUCAGCAGACAUCAGUGAUUAUCUUUCCCCUGGGCAGAGGGAGUGGAGUGCCAGGAUGGAGCAAAGAGAGCCACAGCCCUACCAUUUAAAAGAGGAAGAGGAGGAACCACAGCCCACCAACUUACAUGAUGAAGAAGAGGAGCCACAGCUCCUUCGCAUUAAAGAGGAAAAGGAGGAUCAUAGCGUCUGUCGGGUGGGAGAACAGCUUGAAGGACUUGACGACUUGUCCGUGAUUAGUGUUGUUGUGAAGAGUGAAUAUGAUGACGACAAAAGUGAAAGUGAGGAAAAGAGAAAGGGGGAGCCUCCAAGCACCAUCUUAACUCAACAUAUGACAACAGAAGCUGAUGGAGAUCACAGUGGAGCAUCAAAAGCAGAAACCCUCUUUGCUCCACUAUCAGAUAAUGAUGACACGUCACGCAUUCCUGACACUGAUGAUGAAGACUCUACGGCUGAUAAGGCAUGGCACGCUAAAAACCCACUCAGCUGCUCUGAGUGUGGGAAAACAUUUAGCCAUAUGGGAAAUUUGAACGUACACAUGAAGAUCCACACAGGAGAGAAACCAUUCAACUGCUCCAUUUGUGGCAAAAGAUUUUUUCGGAAAGCACAUUUGACAUCACACACAAGGAUACACACAGGAGAGAGACCUUUUUCCUGUUCAAUCUGUGGUAUAAGUUUUACACGAGGUCAAUAUUUAAAAAUACACAUGCGAAGACACACUGGGGAAAAGCCAUUUUCGUGUUCAAUUUGCAACAAAAGCUUUUGUGACCGAAGAACACUUGUAGCACACACGAGAACACACUCCAGUGAGAAAGUGUUGAGUUGCAGUGUGUGUGAUGAAAGAUUCUCUUAUAAGUACCAGUUUACCAAUCACAAGUGUGCUGGUGAAAACAGCAGCAUUAAAUGAGGACAAACACAAGUGUGCAGCUGACACGGGUCUGAAAUACACCCUCGCCUUUAUUAUUGUUGGUGGACAUUUGUGUUUGUGCGUGUGAAUUGCCCAGUGAUCGUGUACAUUGUUACUUAGUGACAGCAGCGAAGGACUGUAAGAUUAUAUGUGACUGAGUAAGCAAAGUAUGCUAAUAUGUAGCCACCGGUGGUUUAUUCAAGUUAUAUCUCACCGGAGGCAGCACUUAAUGCUCUGCAGGCAAAACAACUCAAAUUGUUACCUGUGGCAUAAUUAAUCUUGUUUAUUUUGUUUGUUCAGUUUAUAGCAGUUCUAUUUUACUGGCGGCCAGGGGGCCAAAUCCGGUCCAGGAAUGACACCAUACCGGCCCCUGGCUUCAGUUCAAACUUGGGAGGCACAUUUUUGUAGCAAAUUCCUAAAAACUCAAGAGUACUCCUUUUGUAUAGAGGAACUUGGACCAUUCUAAACACAUUGGCAGAUUCUUGCAUUGCAUUUUAACCUUGCUAGCAACACUGCUGUCCAAACUUGUGAUUUACAUAACUGAGGCCUUCCUCAGAGCAUCCUCUUCUUGGUAGUUAUUCUUGGUAAUGUGAUUUAUGUAACUAAGGUGUUGCUGUAGCUUGUUUACUUCAGAUGCAGUCAGUAGUCAUUUGUUCAACUUCUUUAGUUACACUAGUGGUGUUCCUCAAGGUUCCAUUUUAGGUCCUCUCUUUUUCUUCAUUUGUGCUCUUACAUAUACACGUGAGAGACUCACAUUUUUUCAGCAGAUUCUUAAAAACAGUAGAGUGUUGUCAUAGAGAUGAUAUUUGACUAGCUUUUUUGCAGAAUGUCCUUAAAAACAGCAGAGUGCUCCUAUAACUCUUGACAAAAUACAGUAAAUAGACCAAAAUCAAAUGUCUACUAUAGAGGACGCUGUUUCUCCAGAAUAUACAAAAAAGGACUUGGUGAAGGAAGAAGUCCAGCCCACUGGUGCUUAGCUUUCUGGAACGUUGGCUCAAAGUAAUGUUGAAUAUCUGUGGUUUAUAGGUUUUAGGCAUGUGAAAUGUCUGCAAAAAUCCCUUCCGCGUUUUUUUAUUUAUUAAAUAUUAACAAAUAGUUAAUGUUAAUCAUAUUUGGACGAUUACAAUCCGAACACUGUUAGUUCCGAACCAGUAAUAAUUCUAGAGCAUGUAUUAGUAGCCAGUGAAAAGGUAUAUUUUUGACGUGACAGAUGUAACAGAGGUCACAACACUAACAAUCAAUCAAUCAAAGUAUAUUACCAAAGGGGGUGUGGCUAUAGGAUAGAGUUGCCAAAUGGGAAACAUUUUCUGAGUUCUUUGAAUGCAUGUUACAACAUGCAUUUGACAUUAAUUUUUCAAUGAUAAUAAUGUUAGUAAAUUAUCUACUUUAAAAAACGAAACAUUCUGUAGUACAUUACAUGGGACCAUAGGCACCGAUCCCGUGGGUGCUUCGGGGCCCGAGCACCCACGGACAAUGCCGAGCACCCACGUGGGAUUGAUGGCAACUUUCAAUGUUUAAAAUCAUUUUUGAAAAAUCAAUCUUGUUGUAGUUAAAUCUGUGGCGAGUUUGGUCCCUUUUACAAAAUAAUAAAAAAUAAAUGUCUAUUUUUUAUUUUUUACACACCGAGCACCCACUGGCAGAAAUGUAGAUCAGCGCCAAUGUGUGGGACAUUUAAGUGUCAAAAAGACAGCCAAAGGAGGUUGGUAUGAGAAUAAGUCUAUAGGUAAAAUAUAGCGUAGAAAUGCACCCAAUUGCAGGAAACAUAGUCUUGAUUUUCAACAAAAAAAAUCAAUUGUGUGGCAGCACUUUGCCCCAACAGGAAUGUACCCCUUUUUUCGCUAGUUUUCCUAUAUUUUUUUCCAAAGGUUGGUCUAAUGCCUAAGGUUUACACUGGUGAUGUUUUUUUUCAUAAUUGAAAAUCCAAACAAAAAUUUGGAUAUAAAAGACAUUUUUACUACAGAUCAUUGUAAAUAUCCUUUUAUAAUAUCAUUGUAAGUAUCAUUUUACCCUCCUUUUAUUGUCUAAAACAGUGGUCCCCAUCCUUUUUGUAACUGCGGACCGGUCAACGCUUGAAAAUUUGUCCCACGGACCGGGGGGAUUUGUAUUUUUGGGGGGGGUUUUUUGUCAUAAAAAAAUACAAUCAUGUGUGCUUACGGACUGUAUCCCUGCAGACUGUAUUGAUCUAUAUUGAUAUAUAAUGUAGGAACCAGAAAUAUUAAUUUUUUAUUUAUUUAUUUUAUUUUUUUACAUUUCCUGUGCGGCCCGGUACCAAUCGAUCCACGGACCGGUAGCAGGCCGCGGCCCGGUGGUUGGGGACCACUGGUCUAAAAGAUGUCUGACUAAUGGAUUUUAUAAUUGGACUACAACCCCAAACACUAAUAAUGACCUAAAUGAAGCAGAUACUGUAUGUUUUGUAUUAACUGUGUCAGUGUUACUCAUUGUACAAAGGGUACUAACAGCUUGGAGAUUUUAAAAUAAGUUAUGACUCCAUACAAAAUGACAUUAGACAUUUUUAGACUAACUAGAGUGGCUAAUACACAUUUUAAGAGGUCAUUUGCCCUUCAAAGUGUAUGAUGCAAUUUAACCGACUGAAAAGUUAGUUGUGGCUGCUUUAUAACCCUUUCUGGACUGAACUAUUUUAGGGCUUAAUAAUACAUUUAAGAUUGUUUACGAACAUUUUGGUUCACUGCCAUCAACCAUGAUCGUUACUUAUCGAUGUUAAAGUUUCUGUGUUGUCAGAAUUAGCUCACAACAUCUGCAGUAAUACAGAAGAUUAGUGUUUGCAGUUGCUCUCCUGUUGCAAGCCAAGUAUUUUGCUCCCAUGCAUAAAUUGGCGUUUGCAGUUGUUUUAUUUGUGUGUGAGAAGUUAAUAUUUUGGUUCAUUUGUUGUCCAGAAAUGUGUUAAGCUCUAUAAAGUAUGUGGUUGCUAUGAAAUAUGCAGCCGAUUUAUUAAAUUCCGGAGCAUGCAAAAUCUAAUAGCAAUUAAGAGUAUGUGGAAAAAUAACAUUUGGGAUUCUUCUUUUUUUCGUCCCUUUUUUAAAAAAAUCUGUCAAUCAACUUCAGUCGUAAAAUAGCAUAUCUGAUCUAUACCAUUAAAAAAUAUAUGUAUUAUUUACUCUUAACAAUAAAACAAAGCAUCCAAAUUAGUUGUAUUACUAUUACUACUCCUUAUGUAUAUUAAGGCCUGAUCUUUACCUGAGAACCCCAGCCCUUUCAGCAUUUACUACAUGUAUAAUAUGUAUAUAUAUUAUAUAAGUAUAUAUAACUUAUUUUAUGCAAAUUUUUCACAAUUAAAAAAACUAAGUUGUGACAAAUGGAGGUUUAAAAUGUUAACCAAUACCCUUAUUUGUCUUACUUGGACCAAAAAGAGAACAAGCACAUUCUGAAAAUGUACAUAUUACAAAAAGUCCUCUUGGCAAAACACUUGAAGUCAGUUGAAAAUUCUGAAGGUAAAAAUGGUGCAAUUUCAAAAAAAACAUGAAGAACACAAUGAACUUUGACUUUGUCCUAGUGUUUUACAAAGCCAUUAAACUUUUAGCACUUCCUGUUUAGCAUUCUCCUGUUAGCAGGUCACCAUUAAAAACGUUUGGAAAAGCAAAUCGAGUGUUUCCUCAAACCACCGCAUUGGUGAAAUCUGCAUACUGCCGCAACACAUUCAUUUAUCAUCCUUCAAAUAUUACAAUUAUAAUAUAAACAAAACAGUUGUCAAAAUAACACCAUAGCCAAAUCAAGGUAACAUAACUCCAAACUUAACCAAUGGGAACAUGGUAGAUUUAAGUAUGAAAUGAAAUCGAACAAACACAACAGAACAGCAGUUUCGUUCUAAUGUUUAUAUUUCCCCAAAAGGGACAAGCGGUAGAAAAUGGAUGGAUUAUUGUACGCGGGCCUAAUACGGCCCGCUGGCCGUACGUUUGACACCCCUGAUCUACACCAUCAAUGGAAAUGGUCCCUCCAUUUGGAGAAAAUAUUUGCUUGAAAGGACAAAAAAGUCCCCAAUAUACAAUUUGAGUUCAACAUUAAAAAAUAUGGUCAAAGGUUUACAUUAAAACAUUAUUUGCAGUGAAAGGCGCUAUGAGAAACCAACUAAUUAUUGGAAAAUACACCACCUUACUUCCUGUCAGAGACGUGUUUUAUUUUGAAAUACAUUUUACAGAUAGUGAGACAAACGUGUCGAUCCAGGCGUAAUUAUAUGCACGACACAGUGACGACUACAAACUCGAAAAUGUCAGUUGUUUUCGAAUGAAAUCUGAGAGAAUCAUCCGCAUGUUCGUUAUGCUAAAACGCUUCGAUAACGUAACACUCCCCAAUAAUGAUUUGUGUAUAUGUUGCACACGGACGUCUUUGAGUGACGGACCGAAGGCCAUAUUGAGUGUUGUCACUGUCACGCCAAAUUUCUUCCCUCUACAAAAACCUUCCCUCCCCCAUUUACAUCCGUGGUCAUGUUUCCUCUUACGUCAUUGACAGCGAUCGAUAGAGCUUCGGCUUUGACUGCCCGUCGCUGGAAGGAUACUUCGUCUUUGACAGCUGCUGGAAUCUGAAGAAAUCGAUUAUUGUUUUGUUUUUUGUACAGGCGCGAAACAGGACAGUCGCGUGCAGGUUAAGGACCCCCUGCAACUUUGUGAUUACAUCACCAGCAGCUACAAAAUGGAUGUACGUGGUCGUGUCUAUGUUGUGCGUACUUUGAUCAAUAAAAUAGCUCGAGUGAGAAACGUUAAUGCUCUAUCGUCAGUUUGUGGACUCAUAGUUACCGUAGUUUACCAAGGUAAGGCGCUGUAACACAAUAACAAUCGUGGGUUCAUUAGUGAUCAGCCCACCCGAGAAGCAAGCAAUUUAUUUGAUGAAGAAUGUAAUGCCUCUGCCCACCAUAAGGAGGCAGUAUGCUAAACUGUACUACCUUAUGUCUCGUCGGCCGGAUCUGGAGAACUAGAGUCGAGGAAAAUAAGGCAGCGAAACGGUUUGGUUUGUUAUUUUGGAACAUAUUUUAUAUUGUAUUAAGGAGUAUAUAUCAUCAAUAUUUCUACAAACUGCGGAAUUUGAAGAAAUAUUCGUACUUUUAAAAGGAAUGAGCGACAAAAACGUCAACUACUGGACGCUGUUUACAAGCCUCGAAUAAAGUCGCACCGAGCAGAUGCCUGUGAAAAGACCCUGUUACCCCUGAGCAGCAGGAGUGGAGCUAUAGGAUGGAGCAAGAGAGGGUGAAUCUGCCCCAUUUUAAAGAGGAAGUGGAGGAGUCACAGCCCCCCCAUAUAAAAGAGGAGGAGGAAGAACAUCGCAUCAGUCAGGAGGGAAAUAAUUUUGAAGGAUCGGAAGAGUUUCCAGUGAUUUGUGUCAUUGUGAAGAGUGAAGAUGAUGAAGACAAAGGUGAAAGUGAGGAGAAGAGAGAGGUGGAGCCUCCAAGCAGUGGCUCAACUCAACAUAUGAUAACAAAAGCUGACGGAGAACACUGUGGAGGAUCACAAGCAGACCACCUCUUUGCUCCACUAUCACAUAGUGAAGACACGUCGCCACACUCAGCUGACACCGAUGAUGAAGACUCCACAGCUGAUAAGACACGUCACACUGACAACGCACACUUUAAAUGUUCUCAGUGUGGCAAAACGUUUAAUGCCAAGGCAUUUUUAAUGAGACACAUGAGAAGACACACUGGAGAAAAACCUUUUGCCUGCUCAGUCUGUAAAAAAAGUUUCUCUCGACAGGAUUACAUGAAAAGACACUUAAAAACUCACACCGGAAAAAAAUCGUUCUCCUGCUCAAUUUGCAGCAAAGGUUUUCAUGAAAGUUCAACAUUGGUUAACCACAUAAGAAUACACACUGGUGAGAAACCUUUUAUCUGCUCAGUUUGCGGGAAAAGAUUGACCCAAAAAACGCAAUUAACAAGUCACAUGAGAACACACACUGGGGAGAAACCAUUCAGCUGCUUGGUCUGUGGUAGAAAAUUCACUCGGAAUGAUCUCCUGACCACACACACGAGAAUACACACCGGAGAGAAACCUUUUUCUUGCUUGGUGUGCGGUAAAAGUUUUACUAAAAAAGAUGGUUUAACGAGACACACAAGAAUACACACCGGAGAGAAACCUUUUCCAUGUUCCGUUUGUGGUAAAAUGUUUUCUCAAAAGAUAGCUUUGAUAGCACACACAAGGACACAUACUCAUGAAUAAAACUUUUCCUGGUCAAAGUGUGGAUUGGAAAUUCCCAAAGUUCUGUGUGGAAUGUGGAAUUAGUGAAGCGCUGUGAAAACUUUGUGGAUUCACUGUAUUUGGUUUUGUUCUAAUGUGUUUAAAUGACACUUGUGGUUAUUAUUAUCAGACACAUUGUACUAUCUGCUGUAUUAUGCAAUAGCAUGUUGUGUAAGGCGUUCCAUACACAUGUGUGCUAACAUACAGGCGGGAGAGAGAUGACUCUUAAUCUGUCUGUUAUGCAGAGUAUCAUUCGGCUGGAUCUCUUCGUAGAUACUGCAGCACCUGUUGUGAUGAUGGCUUGUUCAAUAAAUCCAGGAGGAGGAGACAAGCCCAGACUAUACGACAUACAAAAAGAUCGCUAUUUUGGGUGAGCUGUUUAACUAUUUACUGUAAAUACAAA